AUGCGCGUUGAUUAUUUGUAUGGUGCAAGAGACAGUGAGAAUAUAGACGAUUUAGUGGAGACGGGAACUGAAAAUGAAGGUUUAUUCUCCAAUCAGUUCGAAACUGAGGAAGACUACAACAACGAUUUUGAAGAAUCUGAAAAAGAAAAAGAACGAAAAAUGCAAGAAAUCCUUCCAUUUCCAUUGCCAUCUCCGCCCCAAAUAGAUCUCGAUGAGAUGGUGAACAAAUUAUUACAAAAAACUCGAGUUAAUCCGCGAAUGCCAAAUGAGUUCUUUAUCUUCCGUAAAGUAAUUGUCAAAGAACUGAAAUCAUUAGCUGCUACAAGAACCACCAACGGACAAAGCAAAAAAGCAAAAAUGACCAAAGUGUCGAAGAUGGCAUCGGAUUCUUGGAGAGUCGCGCCGCAAUCCGUAAAAACUGAAUAUCGGAAAUUAGCACGCGAAGUUGAACGAAUGUAUAUCGAUGCAAAAACUAAACAAUGCAUCAACAACAAUAAUAGUGGUAAUGAUAAUACGCAGUAUGACAAUCAAGAAUUCGAGAAUCUAUUCAACCUCAACUGUUACUAUACUCCCCUUUCAAACUUACCCGUUACCACUCUCAGCAAUGAUGCCAUUGAUACACCAACUACUGCAACCACUAAUUAUUCCCCGUUUAGUCAAUAUGAUUACUCAACCUUAACUCCGAUGACCGCUGCUUCGUGUGAUUCAUUUGCGGAUGAUCAAACAUCGCCAUUAUUAAGCAUGAUGUCAACAAAUCCGCCGCAACAACAACCACCAACUUUAUCUGAUAUCGAUUUUCUCCCUGAAUUAUCGUUACUCGAUCUUUAA